AUGGAGCAUCGAAACACAGCAGCCCCUGACAAAGCACCAGGAUCCAAGAUGGCAUGUGCCCAUAACGGCGCCUGUGCAGAGGGAUUCUCCUGUGACCAGCACUUCGGGCUGUGUGUGCCCCUCAGGCAGCUUGGCCAGUACUGCCGGCAGGACGCCCAGUGUAUACACGGCCUCAGCUGCAUGUUUGGGAAGUGUCACCACAGGGCCCCCCAGGGACAGGAAGGUGCCAGGUGCAGGGCAGAGAGGGACUGCAACCUCUCCAUGUGCUGUGCGCGUCACCAUGGCGAGCAUGUCUGCAAGCGUCGCCUGGCAGAGGGAGAGCUCUGCUUCGUCCCCGAUGGGGGCCUGGCCUUCAGCAUCAACGAGAUCUGCCCCUGUGAAGAGGGACUGCUGUGCCGCAGUGAUGCCAGCCAACAGCACAGACAGUGA